GUUUAACGAAUCGAAUUAUAUGGUAAUAUAUUCUCUACAAAAUCAAUAAUAUAAUACUGAAGUGUUAAAAUCUCUUCGCUUUUCAGCUGCAUCAAAUGGACAAUUUUGUCCAUGAUGAUGAUCAUGAAGUCAUCAUCUGCUCGCGAGUAUUUAUAGAAAACUAAAUUCGAUUUCAAUUCGACACUAUAAAACCCCACAUCACCUCCUUUAACUUCAAUCGUAGUCUCUCUUCUUAAGCUCCAAUCUGCAACGCCAUGACGAACACCAUUCCAGAUGUCAUUACUUGUAAAGCGGCGGUGGUACGGGAGAUCGGCGGAGCAAUCACGGUGGAGGAGAUAAAGGUCGAUCCACCAAAAGCAUUGGAAGUUAGAAUCAAGAUGCUCUGUGCGAGUAUAUGUCAUACCGACAUCCUUGCUUGCAAUGGCAUGCCCUUCCCUCUGUUCCCGCGAAUUCCUGGACAUGAAGGCGUCGGGGUUGUUGAGAGCGUCGGGGAAGAUGUGAAGACGACGGAGGUGAAGCUAGGCGACGUCGUGAUGCCGCUCUACAUGGGUGAAUGUGGACAAUGUUUGAAUUGCAAGUCCGGAAGGACCAACACCUGCCAUGUUUACCCGAUUACCUUGAACGGACUUAUGGCCGACGGCACAUCCAGGAUGACCGUUGCUGCAACCGGAGAAGCCGCCUACCACCUUUUCAAUUGUUCUACAUGGUCGGAGUACAUGGUGAUCGACGUAAACUAUGUGAUCAAGGUUGAUCCGAAGAUUUCUCUCCCCCAUGCCAGUUUGCUGUCGUGUGGCUUCACCACCGGCCUUGGUGCUCCGUGGAAGGAAGCUCCGGUCACUAAGGGGUCAUCUGUCGCCGUCUUUGGCCUUGGUGUUGUUGGCCUCGGGGCAAUAAAAGGAGCACAAAUGCAAGGUGCAUCGAAGAUAAUAGGGGUUGACAUAAAUGAAAAGAAGGCAUCAAAAGGAAAAGUAUUUGGAAUGACAGAUUUCAUCAAUCCUCAAAAUCAUCCUGAUCGAUCUGUCUCAGAUUUAAUCAAAGAUAUAACUGAUGGGUUAGGUGUUGACUACUCUUUUGAGUGCAGUGGAGUUGGGCCCUUGUUGAACGAAGCCAUUGAUGCCUCAAAAAUUGGAAUUGGUACGACUGUAGCUAUUGGAGUUGGGCUAGAGACCAAUUGGGUCAUUAAGAACUUAUCAUUAUUGAGUGGUCGGACCUUGAAGGGUUCACUAAUGGGUGGGGUUAGGACUCAAUCGGAUCUUCCCAUUAUACUCAACAAAUGUGUUAAUAAGGAGAUAGAGAUGGAUCAACUUCUAACACAUGAAAUAAGAUUGGAAAAUAUACAAGAAGCAUUCAAGAUUAUGAAAAAGCCGGAUUGUUUAAAAAUUCUUAUCAAAUUUUAAAAGAAGUAAAACGUAAGACUUUGUGAUACAGCUAAAUAAAAGUAUAUUGCAAUUCCAUAUGGUUUUUAGAAUAAGUUAUUGAUGUUGUAAUGUUGCGUAUAAAGAUGAGUAUGAGAAUGUGAAGAUGAAUUUUCCUUUGUUA